UUAACCUUGAGAAGGUUGGGUUUUUAUAUACAUUGCCUCUCCAAAUUAUCAGAAAAAAAGAGGAAGAUGCAAUCGAUUUGAAUGUGCUUUUUAUAUAGAAAGAAGUUUUCUUUCUUCUCCCUGAUGAUCUUCGAUUCAACCCACCCCCAAUUUUCAAUAGCAUCCCUUAGAACCAGAAGAGCCCAAAAAAUCAACUUCCAUAUUCCUUGCCCCAGAUGAAAAUGUCCUUUUCCAGAUUAAACUUAUUCUUGCUAUUCUUUCACCUAUUAAUCCUUCAAUUCUCACCAAGAAUCUCAGCCAUCAGGAAGGAUGUUGGAUUUCAAGGGAGGCGCAUUUGCAAAAACACGGUCCUAGGAAGAUACUUACUAUCUGAUGAUAAUGGCCAUGUCUGUGACGCUCUGUCUUUAAAUCCGCAGUCUCGCUGCUGCCCUGAAAAAGGAGAAAAAUUCUCUUGUCAUGGUUGCAAUGUAGUUUCAGAGUGUUGUGAUUCUUAUGAAUAUUGUGUUUCAUGCUGUUUAAAUCCCUCAAGGAUAAAAGAGGAACAAGUAAUGAAUGUGAAGGUUGCCAAACCAGCUACUGCAGGGAAAUAUUCAAAUGUUUUUGAUUUCUGUGCUGGGAGGUGUCGUCAUAAUUCUGAGAGUGUGGUCCACGAAAAUGCUUACCUUAGUGAUUUCCAUCACUGUUUUUCUCUGCCAUCAAAUUCGUCAGCUGCAAAUUAUACAUUUUUAGAAGCCAGACUGAAUGGCAUUAAUGUUCUUGUUGGAAGGCGAGGUCAAUCAUGCGAUUCAGUUUGCAAGUCAAAGGGACAAUCAUGUGUUCCAAAUAAGCUUUUGGUACUUAAUCAGUGUGACAUUAUGCAGAAAUAUAUGAGCUGCAAGGGAACUUGCCUGGCAAGUAUUGGUCCGGACCAACCUGCUGAAGUUGUUGAUGAUGCUCCUGAAGAUUUGAAUCCUGGAGCAUGCUUGUUUACUCAAACACAAUCAAUGCUUUCUUGUUAUGGUUCACAUCAGCAUACCAGGAGACUCUGCCCUUGUGCAUAGUGCAGUAUCUGGAUUUCCCAUCACAGGCAUGAAUUGUGGGGAUUAUAAGGUAUUUGAUUUGAGCGCAAGCAAGUGGUGGCUCUGCUGUAAUGGCCUCAGAGAAUGAGGGGCAUGCGCCAUUGUGUUCUAUGCCUCCUUGGUGUCACGGAUCAUAUUUGUCUAGCAUGCAGUGUACAAUAUAUAUUUUUUUCGGGUGAAAAUGUAUAGUAUUAGUCUGUCAAAGGGUAAACACAUCAAGGUACUAGACUCUUCGGAUUUGAUGAUAUUUGGAGGGAUAUUUGAUCCAAAAAUGUGGCUAAAUUGUAUUAUUGGUCUUGUAAUUUACGUUUGAUUGUAGUUUCUAAGGGUUUAGACAUUUUUAA